AUGAAGACGCACAGCCUCACGCUGCUCUCUGUCCUCCUCCUGGCAGCUCAGGCGCUCCCCACGGAGCCCCAACAGGAAGCAGAGUUUGAGUACUUGCAGCCAAGUGGGGAUGGAUGGGUUACUCUAGGAAAGCCCGUGAUGGUGGCCACAAUCCCCACAACCAACGUCAUCGUCACCGGCCAUUUCAACAGAGAUCAAGCCAAAUGUAAUGUGACGGUGACGUCUCAGGAGAAAGGUGUCCUUCUGCAGGUCGAUUGUGUUCGAUUCAGCCAUGAGUUCUCCUGUGUCUUUGGCGGCGAUCCCACUGCAUGCCUACGCUGUGUGAAGAACGACAAGGUGUACUGGAGACAAAUCGGCUGGCGCUUGCGUCAUCUGGAGCACAUCUGUGAGGACUCCCGGGCCAUCCUGGACACCAGGGUGUGUAGUGCCAAGUACCCAGAAUCCAACCUCAAGCUGCUGAGCUCCACUCUGGCCAGGAAACUUCCCCCUCUGAAAUGA